AUGAGCUAUCAAAUACGACGUUUAAUUCACAAAGAGAUUUUCAAAUAUGCUGACAUUCCUGAAAAAAUAUUUUCAUGGCAUGUGUGCCUUGAACGUAACACAAAUAACAGAUUUACAUUUGAAUUUCCCAUAAAAACAAACGCUUAUAAUUUUGAGAAUCAUAUGCACAAAGUUAUUAAUAAGAAAUGGGAUAUUCCACUGAAAAAUUUUAAAUUGAAGAAAAAAGAUAACAAUGACAUUGCUUCAAUCGAUAUUGAAAGAGAUUUCUUUAUUAAAAUAAUAUUACAGAGCAAUUCAUUCAAAAUUGUUGCUCCAUCUCUGCCAUACAAUACCAAGAAAAUUGUUGUUGAGUUUAGUUCACCAAAUAUCGCAAAACCUUUUCAUGUUGGCCAUUUACGCUCAACAAUCAUAGGAAAUUUCAUUUCGAAUAUUAAUAAAUUUUUUAAUAACAAUAUUAUCAAGUUAAAUUACUUAGGUGAUUGGGGCACUCAAAUAGGUUUAAUUAUAUUGGGUAUGAAUUUAGUUAAUAAACCUGAUGAAAUUAUUAAAAAUAAUCCAAUAGAAGAACUAUACAAUGCUUACGUUUACGCUAACAAACUAGCUGAAACUGACGAUCAAAUUUUGGAUCAAGCGAGGGAAAUUUUUCGACAAUUAGAAAAUGGAAAUGAUGGUUAUUUUAAUCAAUGGCAACAUUUUAAGGAAUAUACUGUCAACGAGUUGGAAAAAACUUACAAUCGUAUUGGUGUAGAAUUUAGUGAAUAUAACUGGGAAUCUUCAUACAACCGUACUAAUAUUGACCCCGUGCUAAAACUUAUGGCUGAUUCUAAGAUUCUUACAACAGAUUCAAAAGGUAGAAAAGUUGUAUCUCUUAACGAUAGACUUAUUCCAAUAAUGAAAAGUGACGGUUCAACCUUAUAUAUAGUUAGAGAUAUUGCUGCUGCUAUUGAACGUGCUAAUAAGUAUAGUUUUGAUGAUAUGUACUAUGUUGUUGAUUCAUCACAGCAUAAUCAUUUUACAAGCUUAAAAAGUAUUUUUACCAAAUUAAAUAUGACUUGGGCAAAUAAUAUACACCAUAUACAAUUUGGUAAAAUAAUAGGCAUGAGUACUAGAAAAGGUACUGCUGUAUUUUUAAAUAAUUUUUUGGAUGAAGCUUAUGAGGUCGUUAAAAAAAAACAACAACUGUUAAACACCACGAAAGUUAACCCUGAUUCAAAUGAUCAAAGCACUGACAUACUAGGAAUAUCGGCUAUAAUUAUUAAUGACCUGAAACAAAGGCGUCUUCGAGAUUAUAAUUUUGACUGGGAUACAGCAUUAGAUAUGAAAGGAGAAACAGGAAUAAAGUUGCAGUACACGCAUUGUCGACUAGCCAAUUUAAAAGAUAAUUGUUGUGAAGUAACUGUACCAGAUAAAUGCGAUCCGUCUUUAUUAAAAGAACCAAUUGUCGACGAACUAAUUAGAAUUAUUGCCCAAUUUGAUGAAGCAGUCAUCGCUUCUUACCAAACGCUAGAAGCAUGUUAUCUUGUAAAAUAUCUGUUUAACUUAAGAACAUUGGAACAAUUAAGAGUAAAAGAUCAACCAAAAGAUAUUGCUUCACAACGGCUUCUACUUUAUGAAGUUUCAAAAAAUAUUCUCAACACAGGAAUGAAACUAUUAGGAUUAAGGCCAUUAAAUAAAAUGUAA